CACGUGAGAUGGUCUAACUGAAAUGUUCGAGUCUUUUUUCAUCCAAAAAUUMGUUUUUCUUCAGUUAUGUAUUCAACUCAGGAAUUGGAACUCUUUCCUGAUCGUACUGUAACUCAGUUGCUAUUCAAAGAUGUCAAAAACGCUGCAGAAUUGAGGAAAAAUGCCAUGGAAGGAAAGAUUAAUGGUGCCUUGAUAAACCCGUCUAUGAUAGUGAACCCCUUCCAAGUGCUCGUGGCAGCAAACAAGGCAGUCCAUUUACAUAGUGCUGGAAAAAUGAAGACAAGGAGUUUAUAUUCCGAAAUCAUCUACAACCUUUCACCCACUAAUAAUAUUUCAGAGGCCUUCAAGAGGUUUGGGAUGUCAGACAGUGACAGCGCUGUUCUCAUAGUUCUAGUCCAUCUCAAAGAGGAGACGCAGCACAUGACUGACAUCAUUGCCAAGGUGGAUGGACAACAGAUCCCAGUUGAAGAUGUCUCCAUGUUGACCGACCCUGCUAAGGUCAAAAAGCUGUACAAAACCACACCCCAGGAGGAUACGUGUCUACUGGACGCUGUUGUCUGCAGGAUGGCAACCAAAGAUGUCAUGUAGCKCAGCAAGAAGACAUGGCAGCAAAUGGAACCAUUCAUGUUAUAUCAUUUUUUUUGUUGUUGAGCGUUUCACAUUGAUGUUGUUGCACAAUGUCAUAAAUGAAAUGUUUUCCUCCUCGAAUAUGUUAUUAAACAUGUUUAUUUUUA